CACGUGGUCCCUGUUCUGACAGGUGUUUCAGAUGAACGCGAAGUCGUUGGUUGACUAUAUAAACGAACAGUCACCCCUUCAGUGCACCGACACAGCACAUUCCGGAAUCUUCUCCGAGAACAAUAUUUGAUUCGUCCGAUAUCUAAGGGAGGUAACUCUACCAAUGUAUCGCGGGACUUCCGAGAGUGGUAUUGACUACCGUGUCAUAUCGAAGAGUGCUAUGGCCGACUUUGGACCAGAUUCUGGCGGCAGAAUAAAGGGCGUAACUCUGGUCAAGCCGAUCGUCUAUGGCAACAUCGCCCGCUACUUUGGCAAGAAACGGGAAGAGGAUGGACACACUCACCAGUGGACUGUGUAUGUGAAACCGUACAAGAAUGAGGACAUGUCAGUCUAUGUGAAGAAAGUCCACUUCAAGCUGCAUGAGAGUUACCCCAACCAAAACAGAGUGGUGAUGAAGCCACCCUAUGAAGUGACGGAGACUGGGUGGGGAGAGUUUGAAGUCGUCAUUAAGAUCUACUUCAACGACCCCAACGAAAGGCCGGUGACAGUGUACCACCUGCUGAAGCUGUUCCAGAGUGAGACUGACAUCAUGCUUGGCAAGAAGUCCCUGGUGGCCGAGUUCUACGAUGAGCUGGUGUUCAAUGAUCCGACAGCCAUGACGCAGCAGCUCCUGAGCAACGUGCGGCUGAUGCCAGUGGGGACGUACAAGCACGAAACUGACUUUGAUGAGAAAAGGGAGAGAACUCUGACCAACAUUAUUUCAGCUAAGAACAAGAUUCGGUACGAGAUCUCUGAAUUGAACGAGAGACUGAAACAGAGCAAAGAGCUGAUCCAGCAGUUCAAGGAUGACAUCACAAAGAGGGACGACCAUGAAGAGAAGCCGGUCAUCAAGAUGGAGGUGACCACAUGACAAGAGGCCGGUCACCAAGAGGAUGGCAUCAUCAGCAGAAGCCCGUCAUCAUUGUGAAGGUGGCUGCUGUAUGGCCGACUGGACAAUGUGAACUUGAGGGUGUUUCUAUGACAUGGAUGAGGAUUCUUGGAAGUGUUUUGAAAGACACAAGGAAACACCAGAGGUUUAUAGUGAUGUAAUUGAAGAUGCCAUGGUUGUACUUUUGAAAAAAAGAUUUGUUAUCUGAAAGCCAUGGAAACUUUGUAAUUCGAAAGGUUUAAAGUGAUUUCAAGAAUACUGUCCUUAGGAAAGAUUCCACAUGGUUCACCUUUGAGUCUUGUACCAACUUUAGUACAUCUGCACUGAUGCUGACAUUCACAUUGCUGGCAGUGCUUGUGUUGAUUCAAACCCAGGUGACAGGGCAGGUUUCAGUUAGUUAGGCUUGUUUCUUCACCAUGCUUUCAAAAGCAUUGCUACAGGGGAAACGUCACUGUAGAUGACCCGUCUCAGGUCAUGAAUAUUUUGUCUUUGUCUCUACGAGUAUACCAGGAUGUAUGUAAGUGUUCACAGAGACCGUUAUUGACCCGUGAAGAUCCGGUGUAGAAUAGGUCUUCAGCAACCCAUACUUGCUGUAAAAGGCGACUAUGCUUGUCGUAAAAGGCGACUAACGGGAUUGGGUGGUCAGGCUCGCUGACUUGGUUGA